AUGGGUGGGGAGUUUCCAGAGAAUAAAGGGAGCCGGGGCGACAUAUUACUUCGAGGUAGACCUGCAGCCGAUGCAGGGAGCCAGUCGAAACGGGACUUUGGUGUACUAGAAGCAGAGCUGUAUUACCUCAGCAUAGGAAAAUUAAGAGGCGAGCUCGGCCUUGGCGAGAACCUGGCUGUUCCAACGCGCGUGACACUAUGGUCUCCAGCUCUCUACGGCCCGUUUCAAGGAACUUGCAGAUCAGGGGAUGUCAGGCAAUAUCCACCAAAUGUCAAUGUCAACCUUCAGAACUGUCAUGUUAGGGUCGCGUAA